GGCCGCUGGCUGCAGAGCGGGAGCGCCCAUCGAGCACAGAGAGCAGCGCGGGCAGCCCGAUGGAGGCAGACGGCAGACCGUCGUGGGACAACCCUGCGCAAUUCAUCCUGGCGUGCGUGUCUUACGCCGUGGGGCUGGGAAACAUGUGGCGCUUCCCGUACCUCUGCCAAAUGCACGGAGGGGGUGGGUUUCUGAUCCCCUACUUGAUCAUGCUGGUCCUGGAGGGAAUUCCCCUGUUCUACAUGGAACUGGCCGUGGGGCAGAAGAUGCGACUGGGCAGCAUCGGGGCCUGGAGUGCAAUCAGCCCCUACCUGGGGGGACUUGGCAUAGCGAGCGUGGUGACAUCCCUGUACCUGUGUAUUUACUACAACGUGGUCAUCGCCUGGGCCUUCUGGUAUCUUUUCCAUUCUUUUCAGGCCGAGCUGCCCUGGGCGGCGUGUCCUGCUAACAACAACUUAACAGAACAACAGGAGUGCGAGGUGAGCUCACCCACACAGUAUUUCUGGUACCGGGAAACUCUAAACAUCACCUCCUCCAUGGAGGAGGGUGGCGGUCUGCACAGGGGCCAGACUGUCUGCCUGCUGAUGGCUUGGGUGGUGGUCUACCUCUGCAUCGUCAAGGGAGUUAAAUCCACUGGGAAGGUGGUGUACUUCACCACUGCCUUCCCCUAUGUGGUUCUGCUAAUCUACUUCAUCCGGGGAGUCUCUCUUCACGGGGCCGCCAAUGGCAUCAAGUACAUGUUCAUGCCGAAGAUGAAGGAGCUGGCCAGCCCCACCACGUGGAUCAAUGCGGCCACCCAGAUCUUCUUCUCCCUGGGCCUGGGGUUCGGGUCCCUGGUCGCCUUCGCCAGCUACAACCAGCCGCACAACGACGUCCAGCGGCAGGCAGUCGCCGUUUCCCUCAUCAACAGUGGCACCUCCAUCUUUGCCAGCGUCGUCACCUUCUCCAUCUACGGCUUUAAGGCCACGUUUAACUAUGAGAGCUGCCUGGACAGGGCGAGGAUAAACCUCCUGAACUCCUUCGAUAUAGAAGAGGACGCCAUCACCAACGACAACAUCAGCAGCUGGGUGACACAGCUGAACAGCACUUACCCUGACCGGUUUGCAAGCUUGUCCCAGCAACUUGAGAGCUGCAACUUGGAAUCUGAAUUAGACACGGCUGCAGAAGGUGCUGGUUUGGCCUUCAUAGUGUACAGUGAGGCCAUCAAGAACAUGCCGGUUUCACAGCUGUGGUCCGUGCUCUACUUCUCCAUGCUGCUGAUGCUGGGCGUGGGCAGCAUGCUGGGAAACGUGAUGGCCAUCACCACCCCACUGCAUGACUCCAAGUUCUUGUCGCGGCGGCUUAGCAGCGAGGCCCUCAAUGGCCUGGUCUGCAUCUUCUGUCUGCUUGCCGGACUGGGCUUCACUGCUCGCUCGGGCAACUACUGGUUCACCAUCUUCAAUGACUACGCGUGCACCUUCUCCCUGCUCUUCAUCGUUUUUGUGGAGAUGGUUGGCAUCUGCUGCAUCUAUGGCCUGAAGAGGUUUGAAAAAGACAUAGAGGAUAUGAUUGGCCAUCGGCCCAACUGGUACUGGAAGAUUGUGUGGGCAGGGGUGGGCCCCAUCAUUCUUAUUGGCCUGUUCCUUUUCUACAUGAUUACAUACAUUACAGGGGAAACAUCCACCUACCAGGCUUGGGACAAAGACUUGGGUAAGUCCCUUCCCAAGGAACGUCCCCCGUACGCACAGGUCUGCAUCGCUCUACUCCCGCUCUCCUCCAUCCUCUGCAUCCCCUUCUGUGCUUUUUACGAAUACGUCCAGAGAAAGAAGAAACGGGAGCCUGAGGAAAGAGUAGUUAGUUGCCCUCUAACGCCUAGAGAGGCCUGCUGAAGGUCAGGCUGGGGAACAGCACCUGCUUCUACUAGGACCUGCAGCGCAUCAGUGCAACAAGCGAAAUACCAUCCUUACAAAUAAAUUAAAAACAGAAACAAGUGCCACAGUAGGUGAAAAAUACGCAGUGAUAGCUUAAUGGUUAGGGACACACACUUGUAAUUGAACAAUUGCAGUUUUGAAUCCCUGACCAGCAAGGCACCACUGAGGUACCCUGAGCAAGGUACCGCUCCCCGGGCGCUGAAUUAGCUGC